UGCAGUAGUGGCAUGAUAAACCCUGAUAAAGACAGCAUUUUAACAUGACAUAGAGGAAGUAAAUAGACAACUGUUUAAAAGGAAAUGGCGAGAAGUUCCUUAAGACUCAAAAUAAAACCAGAAGAAGCAGAGUAAAGACUCACACUUGCUGAACGAGUGAAGUGUGUUUCAGUGAGUUCAGACAAUCAGUCAUGAUGUUUCCUUUCUGCUUCUGUCUUUUCCUCUCUGUGCUUCAUUUUAUUGACGGAUGUUAUGUUUCAGGUCAUAGAGAACGUAAAGAAGUAACAGGUUACACAGGUGGAUCAGUCCUGCUGCCCUGCUCCUGUACUCACCCUCAGUCUACAGUCAAGACUUUCACCUGGAAGCACUACUACAAUAGACCAGGCCAGUGGACUGAAGUAUUUCAAGAUAAGAAAUACAAGAACAGACUGAAGCUGUUUAAUCAAAGUUCUCCGGCAAAUCUGUCUCUGCUCAUUUCUGACCUCAGAAAGAAUGAUGAAGGGUUAUAUAGGUGUGAGGCUCAACAAACUACACAUACAUUUACAGACAUUAACUUAAAAAUUCAAGGGUGUGAUCUGGAUCAGAAUAAACCUGCGGCUGAAAUAACGGGACACUCAGGAGAGUCUGUGGUUCUGCCCUGCUCCUGUACUGAACUACAGGAUAAACCUGAACAACUUACAUGGACAUUUACUGCCCCAAACAAAAACUCUGAAGAGAUUUACCCACAUGAACAGAGCGAGAGAGACACAGGUCGAGUCAGACUGUUAAAUGAAAUCUCUCCUGGAAAUCUCUCUCUACAAAUAUCAAAUCUGACCAAAGAGGACCAGGGAGAAUAUCGCUGCUCUGUCUCGUCUCAACAGCACAUCAACAUCACACUCCGUGUUCAAGAUGAACCUAUAAAACAAGAAGAGGGACCUACAACUAAACUAGAUUUUGAAAAACAACUCUUUAUUCUGCUGUCAGUGCUUCCAGUAGUUUUGUUACUUGCUGUACUAGCCUUGAUCUACUGGAAAUACAGAGGAAGAAGAGAUGCCCAAAAGAUGACCAAUGAUGGACUAGUGCUGUGUAGUGAAAAUGAGAAACAGGAUGAUGUAAAUCCUGAAAGUGUAACUCAAGGAGAAAACUUAAAACAGGAUGAAGAUUCGGAUGAGGUGACAUAUUCUUCUGUUGUCCACAUUAAGGCUGACACCAAACCAGCGCACAAACAGUUUGUCAUGGCAGAGAACUCGGAGUACGCCAGCAUCAAAUGAAGUCGAAAUAUACCAUUUUAGGGGCCAAUUAUGCAACAAAGCUGCAGGUUUUUCCUAUUCUUCUUCUUAAUGUUCUUUUUGUAAACAUUUAGAACUUUGACUGUAAUGUAAAAUUUUUCCAAAUGUUUCAUGCAGAUUAGUUUAAGGUAUAUGUUACUCAUUUCGGAUACUGUUAUGGGAUGGAUGUGCUGUGUGGUUGCCCAUUUAGGGCUUUUAACUCUUAUGCAUUCAGCGUGAGAUCUGUGCAGUUGACCCUGUUCUAACACUUUCAUGCCACACGUCCAUUUUCUCACACAGUGAAAACACUCAAAGAAAAGCAUAAGCACCCCGAGUUCAAAUGUAAUAAAUGGACUUUGGUGACAGAGUUAUGGCAACCGCUCCAAUGUGUAUUUUUGUUGUGCUCUGGGAAACAUCAGUUUACAAUGUUUUUGUAGUAUUAUAGCCAAACACAGACAUACCUCUGUUGAUUUCUUGAAAAUGUAUGGUUGGGCAUUCACUUCACGUUUCAGAAUUCAAUCACUGCUCAAAAGCUUUAAAAAAAAAAAGUUCUGUUCUGUUCUGCAUGCUUUUGGUUUCUUCUCAUAAUAAUAAUUCACUAGUUUACAUAUAAUAAGAUUAAGCAAAUGUUAAGCAUAUAUGGCAUACUGUUUUGAAGGAGAUCUCUAAACUCGGAAUAUAGAUCAAAUCCAGAGAAAUCCCCCUAGUAUACAAUGAGAAUAGUUGGGUUGGAGGAGAGAUGCCAGAAAACUGUUGUGGGACAGAGAUGAGUUGGCUGUAAAUAUAUAUGCUUUACAUAUCAUGCAAAUUAAGUUAAUUGACUAGAUGAGCUUCACCUAUACUGAAUUGGCUGAUUAUCUGAUCGUGCUCCUCCCGAACUUUGUUAAUAAAACAUUGUACAAAGAUGAUGUAAAUAAGAGAUUAUUUGAUUGUAAAGGAACUUUGUGAGAUCAUGAUGAACUGAAGUGAUUAACAGCUUCUUAUGCGCUUGUUAUGCUACAUAUAAAACAUUAACAUUUUUAAGAAAAGUUUUUUUGUGUGUGUGUGUUGAGAACCAGCUGACAUUUUGCCACAAAUUAGCAUUACCAAAGAUCAUAUUGACUUCACAAGUUGCAAAAAAAAAAAAGAAUCUCCUGCUAAUGUGCAGAAUUGAAUUGUGCUACCACUGAACAAAACAUUGCAUUUCAGCAAUGACUAAUCUGAAUGCAUCUGAUUGGCCAUUGCAUUCAUAGGUUCUAAGCUACAGAAUCGUGUUUGAUCGGUUUUAAUGCACAACGCUGUAAAACUGCAUAAAAAGAAACAUUAUGCAGCAUGAGUAGAUCUCAAUUUAAUAUGGUAAUCAACAAUUUUUGCAAACACAAUUUAUUUGCAAAUAGCUUGAAUGGGUUUAGUUUAAUUGUCCAGGGGCUGUUUUUAUUUAUUUAUUUAUUUAUUUUUUAUUAUUAUUACAAAACAAACCCAACCAACCAGCUCCUUGUCCUGUAGGAAAAGUUUAACUUAAACUUGGCAUCCCUGGUAAAGUGUGUUUUACAUUUUAAAAUACAGCCAGUUCUCUCAUGAAUUUGGCCUCAUGAUAAAAUUGUUGAACAUCUUAAACAAGAGGCUGUAAUACUAUUCAUGUUAUUUUCUAAUAUUACCAUAUUUUUAAUUGCUAAUACCAUUAGGUUAUCAUGUAAAUAUGCAGUUUGCUAAUUAGUGAACAAAUAUAAAAUAUAUAACCUCUGUUGAAGUACUAACUUUAAUGUUUAUGGAUGCAAAGAGUAGCUUUUAGCACUGUCUAAAUAUAUAAAUAUAGAUUGGCCUUUCCUAAAUAUAAGUGUUAAGUGUAACUGUUCAGCUUGGACCUUGCUCAUUAAAGAUCUAGUAUAACCUCUUAAGACCCUGCGGCCUCAUAUGAGGACAUUAUAUUUUUGUGAAUUUAUCUAAACCUGUACAUGACACAGUUUUAAUCUGUAUGUCCUGUACAGAGCACAUUCAGGACUUUUCAGAGAUACCAAAUGAUUGGAUGUUUCACGAUGACCACUCCCUCUCCUUUGUCAUCAGAAAUGUCAGAAAUUAUUUUAGUGACACUCUUAUGGAAAUAUGAUAAUAUUUAGUAAUUAUCAUUUGAAUCGUGUGUCAUAAAUCAACAUCCCAGGAGGUCAAAACCAAAUCAAAGUAUGACUUUCUGUUACGAAACUGGAUGCUGAUUUAAUAUGUCCUCAUAUGAGGGCAUGGGACUAAAAGGAUGUUUAUUACGCAUUUUGGGAGACAUAUCAAAAUAAUAGGGAAAUAAAUUAUAUUUCAAUAUUCAAUAUAUAUUAUGAAAAUCGUGUUAAUUAUUAAUCCAAUUAUUACACUUCUUGUUUCAUUAGGUUGCCCCAA